AUGCUGCGUGCCGCCCUGGGCACUGCGCCUGGCGGCAGCGGCAGCGGCAGAAGCCGAGGCGGCGGCAGCGCCAGCGCCAGCGCUUCGGUGUUGCAGCUGCCCGACCUGCAGCACCUGCUGCAGCAGCGCAACCAGCUGCUGCAGGAGCGACGGCAGGAGCGGGCAGACAUGCAGGUGUCCAGAGCCCGCUCCCAGCUCGUGUCUGCGGUGCUGGGCAGCUGGUCAGGUGCCCCCAAGGCAGCCCGGGAGGACUUUGAGAAGUACAUGAGAGCCGUGGCGCAGCUGCUGGGCGGGGAGGCCAGCAGCGAGGAGGUGGCGGCGGCGGCGGGGGUGGCCUGGCAGGCCCUGCGCGCUCACCCGCCAGACCUGGACCGCGGGCGCGCCCCGCUGGCGGCGCUGCAGAAGGCCAGGAGGGAACUCGAGGGGGAGCUGGGCAGGGUGGAGGAUGCGGCUCUGCUGCACCUGUCCAAGCAGCAGCAGGCGCUGCUGCGCUGGCAGCAGCAGCUCAACCCAACGCAGCAGGGGGGCAAGCUGGGUGUGGAUGGCGGCGACGACGGCAAGCUGGGGCCUCGGGCGGAGCACGACUUGCCCGCUGUGCCUGCCAUGUCAGCUGAAGAGGCUGUGCUGGCGCUGUGCGGCGUCACGCCUGAUGUGGCUGCCGAGGCCUAUGCCGCAGCCGUCGGUGGCGCCGACGGCGGCGCAGCUGCGGCCUCUGCCGCCGCUUUUGCGGCGGCGCUUGCACCAAAGCCGUCUGCGCCUCGGGUGGCCACGGCUGCGGAGCAGGCUGCUGUGGAGGCGGAUGUGUUUGGGGCCAAGGGGCGGGUGCUGAAUGCAGAGGCAGGCGCCCGCUGGCUGCUGCAGUGGUGCCAGCGGGUCACGGGCGCCAGCGACGGCGAUGACACCGUCGCCACCGCCGUCUGCCGCACGCUGCUGUCUGGCCGCAGCGACGACGAGCUGGCCGCCGAGCUGUUCGAUUUGAUGGGUGAUGCGGUCUUUGAGCACAUUGGCGACCUGCUCCAGCAGCGCGCCUCCAUCGCCGCCAAUGUGCGGCGGGUGGUGUCGGGGAUGCGGGAGGCGGAGGAGGCGGACAAGGCGGCGGCGGCCAUGCCCAGCUAUGGCAGUACCGUCACUAAACUGAUGCACAAGCUGGAGCGCAAGGCGCAGCGGCGGGCGGGCGCCAAGGGCGGCGCCAGCGCCGCAGCGGCGGCAGAACCAGGGGAUGCCGAUGCCGACUGGGUCAGCGCCUACGGCCUGCUGCUGGUGGUGGAGGAGGAGAUGGAGCGGGAGACGGCGCACACGCGGCUCAACCUGGGGAAUGGAGUGGAGUUUCGGAUCGGCGAUGGCGACGGGCUGAUGGCGCGCGGCACGCUCCCCAAGGGCACGCAGCGCAAGACAUACAAGGGGUAUGAGGAGGUGCUCGUGCCGGCGGUGAAGCCCGCAGCGCCGCCGCCUGGGGAGCACCUUGUCAAGAUUGAGGAGCUGCCUGAGUGGGCGCAGCUGGCAUUCAGCGGCUACAAGACCCUGAACCGCAUCCAGAGCCGCAUCUUCCAGGCCGCCUUCUACAGCAACGAAAACAUGCUGGUCUGCGCGCCCACAGGCGCGGGCAAGACCAACAUCGCCAUGCUGAGCGUGCUGCGCGAGGUGGGCGCCAACAUGUCGCACGGCGUGAUCAGCAAGGCAGACUUCAAGGUGGUGUAUGUGGCGCCCAUGAAGGCGCUGGCCGCUGAGAUGGCUGCCAGCUUUGGCAAGCGCCUGCAGCCCCUGGGGCUGUCUGUGCGGGAGCUGACUGGCGACAUGCAGCUGAGCAAGAAGGAGCUGGCGGAGACGCAGGCAAGGGCCGGCCUGCGUUGCUCGCCUUUCCUGCACCGUCCAAGGCCGUGCCUUGCCAUGCGGGCGCUGACGUGGCGCGUGCCUGCUGCCCUGCAGAUGAUUGUGACCACUCCCGAAAAGUGGGAUGUGAUCACGCGCAAGGGUGGCGAGGUCAGCGUGGCCGCCAUCGUGCGGCUGCUGAUUAUCGAUGAGGUGCACCUGCUGAAUGAUGAGCGGGGGCCGGUCAUAGAGACGCUGGUGGCUCGCACCACGCGCCAGGUGGAAAGCAGCCAGAGCAUGAUCCGCAUCGUGGGGCUGUCGGCCACCCUGCCCAACUACCGGGAUGUGGGGCGCUUCCUUGGGGUCAACUCGGAGAGCGGCCUGUUCCACUUUGACGCAUCGUACCGCCCCGUACCGCUGGAGAUGCAGUUUGUGGGGUUCAGCGAGCGUAACAUGAUGGCCCGCCUGAACGCCAUGGACGAGGUGUGCUACCAGAAGGUCACCGAUUCCCUCAAGAAGGGCUUCCAGGCCAUGGUGUUCGUGCACAGCCGCAAGGACACGGGCAAGACGGCCCGCAUGCUGGCGCUCAAGGCACAGCAGAACGGGGAGCAGAGCCUGUUCGACUGCACCCUGGAGGAGGCCUUCCCCUACCUGCAGAGGGACAUGAAGAAGUCGCAGAACCGGGAGAUUGGGGAGCUGUUUGACGCAGGGCUGGGCAUCCACCACGCGGGCAUGGUGCGGUCGGACCGGAACCUCAUGGAGCGAGCCUUUGGGCAGGGGCUCAUCAAGGUGCUGUGCUGCACCGCCACUCUGGCCUGGGGCGUCAACCUGCCCGCCCACACCGUGAUCAUCAAGGGCACGCAGCUGUACAGCCCGCAGAAGGGAGGGUUCACAGACCUGGGCAUGCUGGACGUGCAGCAGGUUUUCGGGCGGGCAGGACGGCCGCAGUUCCAAGACACCGGCGAAGGCAUCAUCCUCACCACCCACGACAAGCUGGCGCACUACCUGAGCAUGCUGACGCACCAGGUGCCCAUCGAGAGCCAAUUCACUGCGGGACUGGUGGACCACCUGAAUGCCGAGAUUGUGCUGGGCACGGUGACGAAUGUGCGCGAGGCGAGCAAGUGGCUGUCAUACACGUACCUGUACACACGCAUGACACAGAACCCUCUGGCAUAUGGCAUCGCCUGGGAGGAACUGUCGGCGGAUCCUCCCCUGGAGGGGCACAGACGCAAGCUGAUCACGGAGGCUGCGCGGGAGCUGGAACGCAGCAAGAUGGCCCGCUUCGACGAGCGUUCGGGCAACCUGUAUGUCACAGAGCUGGGGCGCGUGGCCUCCCACUACUACAUCCGCCACUCCUCCAUCCUCGUCUUCAACGAGCACCUGCGCCCGCACAUGGGGGAGGCAGAUGUGCUGUCCAUGAUUGCGCAGAGCUCUGAGUUUGAGAACCUGGCGGUACGGGAUGAGGAGCUGCCCGAGCUGGAUACCUUGGUACGGGAGGUGUGCCCCUACGAAGUCAAGGGCGGUGGAGACAACAAGCGCGGCAAGGCCAACGUGCUGCUGCAGGCCUACAUCAGCCGCGCGCGGGUCGAGUCCUUCAGCCUCACAGCAGACCUCAUGUACGUCUCCUCCAACGCCCCCCGCAUCUCCCGGGCUCUGUUCGAGAUCUGCUUGCGCCGAGGCUGGUCCAGCGCGACUGAGCUGUGCCUCACCAUGAGCAAGGCCUUUGAGCUGCGCCUGUGGCCCGAGCAGCACCCCCUGCGCCAGUUCGAGCAGCAGCUGAGGCACGAGCUGCUGCGCAAGCUGGAGGACCGCCAGAUCAGCCUGGACAUGCUGGCGGACAUGGAGCCCCGGGAGAUAGGCAGCAUGCUGCACCACCCUGCCGCCGGCAACCAGAUUGCCACCUGCCUGGAGGCUCAGCUGCACCCCAUCACCCGCACCGUGCUGCGCAUCCAGCUCACCAUCACCCCUAGCUUCACCUGGAAGGACGGAGUGCACGGCAACGCGCUCAAGUGGCUGCUGUGGGUGGAGGAUUCCGACAACGAACAUAUCUACCACAGCGAGACCUGGAUCCUGACCAAGAAGAUGAUGCGGGAGGGGGAGCAGCGGGUGGCCUUCACUGUGCCCAUCUUUGAGCCGCUGCCCUCUCAGUACUACAUUCGCGUGGUGUCAGACCAGUGGCUGGGCGCCGAGGCCCUGCUGCCUGUGAGCUUCAAGGGCCUCAUCCUGCCGGAGCGCCACCCGCCCCACACAGAGCUCCUUGACCUGGACCCGCUGCCCGUCAGCGCCCUGGGAAACCCCGCAUACGAGGCGCUGUACAAGUUUUCCCACUUUAACCCCAUCCAGACGCAAGCCUUCCACACGCUGUACCACACCGACCACCCCGUGCUGCUGGGCGCCCCCACAGGCUCCGGCAAGACCAUCUCAGCCGAGCUGGCCAUGCUGCGCCUCUUCUCCCAGCACCCGGGACAGAAGGUCAUCUACGUGGCGCCCCUCAAGGCCCUGGUGCGGGAGAGGAUCAAGGACUGGGGCGCGGGCUUCUGCCGGGCGCUGGGCAAGCGGCUGGUGGAGCUGACCGGUGACUAUACGCCAGACAUGCACGCCCUGCUGGCCGCGGACGUCAUCAUCUGCACCCCCGAGAAGUGGGACGGCAUCUCCCGCAACUGGCGCAGCCGGUCGUACGUCCGCAAGGUGGGACUGCUGGUGAUUGACGAGAUUCACCUGCUGGGUGCGGACCGGGGUCCCAUCCUGGAGGUCAUCGUGUCGCGCAUGCGCUACAUCGCGGCUCAGACCGAGCGGGCCAUCCGUUUUGUGGGACUAUCCACCGCCCUAGCCAACGCUCAGGACUUGGCAGACUGGCUUGGCAUCACGGGGCCGGGUCUGUUCAACUUCAAGCCCAGCGUGCGCCCCGUGCCGCUCGAGUGCCACAUCCAGGGCUACCCCGGCAAGUUCUACUGCCCGCGCAUGGCAACCAUGAACAAGCCCGCCUACGCCGCCAUUCAGUCGCACUCGCCCAUCAAGCCGGUCCUCAUCUUCGUCUCCUCCCGCCGCCAGACGCGGCUGACGGCGCUGGACCUGAUGGCGUACGCCGCCGCAGAUGACCGCCCCCGCGUCUUCCUGCGCAUGACAGAGCAAGAGCUGGAGGUGGAGGUGGCGGUGGUGCGGGACGCCUCGCUGCGCCACACCCUGCAGUUUGGCAUCGGCCUGCACCACGCGGGGCUGCCCGACAGCGACCGAGAGCUGGUGGAGCGGCUGUAUGUGGGGGGCAAGAUCCAGGUGCUGGUGGCCACCUCCACCCUGGCCUGGGGCGUCAACACCCCCGCACACCUGGUCAUUAUCAAGGGAACCGAGUUCUACGAUGCGCCCACCAAGCGGUACGUGGACUACCCCAUCACCGACGUGCUGCAGAUGAUGGGGCGGGCGGGACGGCCGCAGUACGACAAGCACGGCGUGGCCGUCAUCAUGGUCCACGAGCCCAAGAAGAGCUUCUACAAGAAGUUCCUGUACGAGCCCUUCCCAGUGGAGUCCUCCCUGCCCGCCCACCUGGCAGACCACUUCAACGCAGAGGUGGUGGCGGGCACCAUCAAGAGCCGGCAGGAUGCCGUGGACUACCUCACCUGGACCUUCUUCAUCAGGCGCCUGCUCCAGAACCCUUCCUACUACGACCUUGAGUCGACAGACCAGGAGGCGGUGUCUGCCUACCUGUCCGCCAUGGUGGAGGGUGUGCUGGCUCAGCUGCAGGACGCGGGCUGCCUGGAGGUGGACGAGGAGACGGGCGGCGUGCAGUGCCUGACCGCGGGUCGCAUCGCAUCGUUCUAUUACAUGCGCCACCAGACCAUGGCCACCUUUGCGCAGCGCCUGGGGCCAGGCAUGGACGUGCAGGCGCUGCUGCCGGUGCUGUGCGCGGCGGCCGAGUAUGCCGAGCUGCCUGUGCGGCACAACGAGGACAAGCUGAAUGUGGUGCUGGCGCAGCAAGUGCGAUGGGGGGUGGACACGCGCACCGCAGACGACCCCCACACCAAGGCCGCGCUGCUGCUCCAGGCGCACCUGGGCCGCCUGCCGCUGCCCAUCUCCGACUAUGUAACCGACACCAAGGGAGUGCUGGACAACAGCCUCAGGCUGCUGCAGUCGCUGGUAGACAUAUCGGCGGAUGCUGGGUGGCUGGACACAGCCCUGGCUGCCAUGGCGCUUGUGCAGGCGCUGAUGCAGGGGCGGUGGCACGACGGCAGCACCCUGCUCACCCUGCCGCACUUCACGGAGGCUGGCGCAGAGGCGCUGGCGGCGGCAGGCCUUCCCCACCUGCCACAGCUGCUCGAGGCGCUGCGGGGCGGCGGCGCCGAGGGCCAGCGCGCCGCGGCGGCGGUGGAGGCGGCCGUGGGGCGGCGCGAGGCGCGGGACGUGCUGGCCGUGUGCGAGCGACUGCCGGUGGUGGGUGUCAGCUGGCGCGCGCCGCAGCUGAUGCAGCGGCAGGAGGCGGGCGAGGAGGAGGGAGCCACUGAUGGUGCAGGCAACCGCGGUGCCGGCACCGCCAGCUACAGCCUUGAAGUGGAGCUGCAGCGCUUGGCUGGCAAGGGAGGCAGCCGGCAGUCGCCGCCGCGAGUCUACGCGCCGCGCUUCCCCAAGGCAAGCCCGCAGGUGAAGGAGGAGGGGUGGUGGCUGGUGGCUGGCGACACCGCCACCGAUGACCUGCUGGCCAUCAAGCGAGUCUCCUUUGGGCAGCGCACCACCACCAGGCUGACAUUCCCGGCAUAUGGCGGCGGCGGCUCGCCGCUAGGUUCCAUCGACCUUCUGCUGGUGUGCGACAGCUACCUAGGGCUGGACCAGCAGUACAGGAUACCUCUGGGGCGGGACAGCGGGACGGGUGCCGCUGCGCUGCCGUUGGUGGGCCAGGCCGCACGGCGACAGCGGCGACAGGAGCAGGCUGAGGGGCGGAGGCAGCACGCUGCCGGCAAGCCACAGGAGCAGCCGGCCAGCAGCAGCAGCACCACCGGUGGCAGUCCAGCGGAUGCUGAUGCAGGCGAUAUGGGGCAGACGACAGUGGAAGCGCUGCCGCAGCGUGCCCCGCGGCGGCCGCGAGGUGCGGCUGCCCAGCAGUUGGAGGAAACGCAGUGGCAGGCGCCGACGCUGGACUGCCGGUUGGACGGGCAGGCGGCAGAGGCAAAGUAG